AUGCUGCGCUCGCGGCAGCUUCUUCGCUCCGCGUUUCGCGCUGCUGGCGCCGCCCUGGGCGGCACGGCUGGCGUGGUUGCGUGCCAGGUCGCGUACGUGCGCUUGAGCUUCCAGCUCCCGCCGGACGCCACUGGCCCAACUUCGGGCACUGCCUCGGCCGCGGCCCUGCGCAGCAGCGGCACCCGGCGCAACAUCAUCUUUCUCGGCGAUUCGCUCGUCACCGGCGUGGGCUGCGACGCAGAGGCGGGCGAAGGCCCGACGCUGCCCCGCCGUGUGGCCGAGCUGCUCUCUGGCCGGCUUGGCGUCGACGUGGGCUGGCUCGCCCUCGGCGAGACAGGGGCGGACGUGGGCACCCUCACCGAGCGGCUCAUGCCGCAAGUUGCGCGCUGCGGCGCGCAGGGCGAGCGGGUGGACGCGGUGGUGAUUGUGUGCGGGCUCAACGACAUGAAGUCCUGCUUCCUGCACUUCCAGCCGCAGCUCAACCCGCACGCCUUCGCGGGCCGGCUGCGAGGCGUGGUCGAGGCGGUGCGCACCUCGGUGGGGGACGAGUGUGCCGUGCUGCUGCCCGGCGUGAGCGUCGAAGGCGUGCCUAGCUGCCCGCUUGCUCCACGCCAGCGGUGGCGAGAGCCGUGCAGACCCUCGCCUCGCUUCGCUGCAGGAGUGCCGCGCUUCGAGCCCUUCUGGCCGCUCUCCACCUGCAUCGCGCGCGCCGCGGGGAUGUGGGAGGAGCAGAAGCGCACCGUGGCGCACGAGAUGUCUGUCGCCGGUCAGCGGGUCGCGUUCUCCGCGCAGGCAGGCCGCCUAUUGCCGACGCGCGACAUCUUCUGCCGGGACGGCAUGCACCCAAACGAUCGCGGCUACGCCAUCUGGGCCGAGCUCGUUGCCGAGGACCUGCUCUCUGCCAUGGCCCUCCCGCCUAAGGAUUCGGGCGAGGCGCCGCCGUGA